AUGGAGCCCCUCAGAAAUUUUUAUGGCACAGAAGGAUGCAGCAGCAGUGAAUCAGGAUGGACAACAUACAUUGCCUCUCCCAUGCAAGAAGAUGAGCCCGAAUGCAGCAAUAUUGAAGACGUCGGUUACGAAAACCAUCAUCACAUCGCAUAUCUCACCAGAAAAAAAGUUGGCAAAGAUGACAAUGAGAGUGAUGAUUCAAUGGCUUCUGAUGCUUCUUCUGGCCCAAGUCAUCAUCAUGAUCUCGUGCCUUCGCGCAGUAAAGACAGUAAAGGCACCGCUCGUUCCAAACGCGAUAACAACAAGCAAUCUAGGCACAAGAGCACAAGCAAACCAGAGAAGAAAACUGGCGAAAAGAGUACCAAAAGGAAGUAA